UUCACCGUCCACACGCGCACACUCUCUCUCGUCAAUUUCCAUUUCUACUAUAGUCUGAACUCAUCGGAUUAUUAAAAAAUUGAAAUAAUGGCAGCAGCUGCCCUAGCCCGCAUCUCCAACAAAGCCCUAACCUCCACAAUUUCACCACAGCGACACUUUAUUGCACGCGCUUUCUCCGCUGCAGCCGCCGCCGAGUCACCAUCAACCACCCAAACUAUCACGCCGUCGCCGGAUCGCGUGAAAUGGGAUUAUCGAGGUCAGAGGCAGAUUAUACCCUUAGGUCAGUGGCUCCCUAAGGUGGCUGUGGAUGCUUACGUCACACCUAAUGUAGUCUUAGCUGGACAGGUCACUGUAUGGGGCGGAGCUUCGGUUUGGAGCGGAUCGGUCCUACGUGGCGAUCUUAAUAAGAUCACCGUUGGAUUUUGCUCCAAUGUUCAAGAGCGCUGCGUUGUUCAUGCUGCCUGGAACUCGCCUACAGGAUUGCCAGCAGAGACAUCCAUCGAGAGGUAUGUGACAAUUGGUGCGUAUAGUCUCUUGCGGUCUUGCACAAUUGAGCCAGAGUGCAUCAUCGGGCAGCACUCUAUCCUCAUGGAAGGUUCUUUGGUGGAGACACACUCAAUCCUUGAAGCUGGGUCUGUGGUUCCCCCAGGGAGACGAAUACCAACAGGUGAACUUUGGGCAGGAAACCCAGCAAGGUUCAUGAGGACUCUGACCCAUGAAGAAACUCUAGAAAUCCCUAAACUUGCUGUUGCAAUUAGCGACCUCAGCAAAAACUAUUUCUUGGAGUAUCUUCCGUACUCAACAAUUUAUUUAGAGGUCGAGAAGACAAGGAAGAAGUUGGGUAUUACCAUCUAAUGUUUUUUUUUCCCGUCAUGUUUCUAUUUACGAGUUGCAUUGCAAGGAAAUAAACAGCUCGAGAACGUAGAAAGCAGGUCUCCAUGUUUUUUUUAUAUAUGUAUUUGAUUUUGGUGGCUGUGGAAAGGGCCAGUUGUGAUAGUCAUCUAUAGAGGCACUUGUCGAUGUUUUUUUUCCCGUGCCAUGCACAUUAUAACUUAAGCUUAUGGUGUUGUGUUUUGUUCGAUUCAUUUGCUGGUGGCUAGCAAGAGAAUAACAAGAUAUUUAUGCUCCA